UACGCAGAACAUGCUACUGCACUGUAGCAACCAGUCAGUGAUGGGAGUUUAAUUAGUGAACAGAGCUGCUGAUGAUACAUAUGGAUUAAGAAGAGAGUGGACUAUACCAUGUCAUCAGCGGGGGUGGACCUCUGGGUUCUGUUCAACAGACCCAACAGAUGAUGAUGGUGAUGAUGAUGAAGCUGCAUCAGUUUACAGCCCAGUAGAAGAGAUGUCACCUCAUCACCAUGCUGCCUCCACUGUAACGCAUCAUGACCAGUGUUUGGCUGAUAUUGCUGCUGCCAGUCAUCACAGCCCAGCGAGUGUCUCCAUGUCCUGCUUCCUGUGUGGUUUGUUCUGAGGAUGCUGUCAUCUGUCAAAGACUGGCUCACAUUAUAGAUGCUCCAGAUUCCACUCAGGCUCUGCUGCUCACUGAAGGCUUCAUCUCUACAGUCCAACCUGCCUCCCUGUCUGACCUCAGCAACAUCACUGUCAUAGGUCUCAGUAAUAACCGGAUCUCAGAGCUGGGUGAAGAGUCCUUCAAAAAGCUGCCCUUCCUCCACACUCUACUGCUGGACCACAACCUCCUGACCAGCCAGGCUCUGCAGGGUGGAGCUCUGAUCAACCUGACCCAGCUAGAGGUCCUCGCCCUGGGCCACAACCUCAUCAGCAUGAUCCAGGCCGGAUGGUUCAGAGGUAUAAAGGCUCUGCGGAGCCUGAAACUGGAGGGAAACCUGUUGACCAGUUUGGACUCUGGUUCUUUUCCUCUGAAUGACCUCAGAGAGCUGGAGACUCUGGAUCUGUCAGAUAAUCUGAUCCAGCAUAUGGACAAAAACAGUUUCCGUGGGUUGGUGAGCCUGAAGACUCUGGAUCUUUCCAGAAACCGUCUGAGUUCUGCUCCCGUCGAGGAUUUUUCCUACCUCACCUUACUGACCAACCUCAACCUGGACCUGAACUCGUGGAACUGCUCCUGUCAGCUGCUGGACUUGGCUGCCUUCCUGUCCACCUUCAUGCAACAACCUGACAAGACUCUGUAUAACGGCCGGAGGUUGGUUUGUGUGAGUGCUGAUAAUCCGGCUGUAUCCACGGUUCUGGAGCUGACCGAUGCCAACUGUGUCCCGUCCAAUCAGAACAUCACAGUGCAGGUAGAGACGAGAGACAGCGUGACGCCUCUACUGUACGCUCGAGAUCUGGCCAUCACUGCCGUCAUCUGCUUCAUCGGUGGUGUUGGCUUGACCCUGCUGAUGGUCCUGAUCUACCAUCAAGUGUCUCAAAGGAAGAAACGGAAACAAAGCCAAAGGCUGAAAGAGGAAGAAGAAGGAAACAGCACCACAGCAAACCAUUUAAAUCAUCUAGAUACUGUUGAGGGCAGGAGGGAUGUUUUCUUACAGGAAAACAAGGAAGCAAUGAUGUUAGAUACAAGGAAUGAUGUUGGCCAGUUCAGGUCCAGAGCUGAGGAGAAUAGCGGCUAUUUAAGGUGCCCCAACUGCAGCACCAACGGGUCGAGGAUGAACCCAAUGAGAAGAGACAACAGGAUGAACGGAGGGAUGGAAACAGAGGAGGACAGAGAAAGAAGGAGAGUGAGGAUGAUGAUGGAGGAAGACAGGAGGAGGACGGGCUUUCAGCAAGGCAUCUUGAACAGGGAUACUCCCAACAAGUUUCCUCCUCGAGGCAAUAUGAACUCAUCCUCCAAUCCCCAGAGAGAAACCUUCAGUCAGAGAACAGAAAACCUGCCUCCCUAUAAGACUGGAAGAGACGUGGACAAUCACAGGACUGACGUGGAAGCAAAGAGCAGAGGAUUUGAGACUUUACACUGUGAGAGCUGCUACAGGACAUAUAGACCACCGGAUCAGAACAUGAGACAAGGUAGGGUUCAACCUAAUCCAAGAGACUCUGCAAUGUUUGAUGGUUUCCCUCCACAACACCGACAGAAUGACAGAGGAAGGAAUGUUAGUCACCACUUAGACAUGAUGAAGAACGCCGAGUCGAGAAGGGGAACAAGAAAUGUAACAUUCGAUCUGGAGAGAACCCUCGAACAAGGAAGCAGUCACAUUGAAGACAAGAUGGAAGGGAAAACCUCCAGAGACAGAGAGAAGGAAAAAGAGAGGCGACACAAAGCCCAAUCCAGCCGACUGCUGAAGGUUAAACUAAACUUGAACCCACUACGAAAAAGCAAAGUCCAUCCCAAGAGGAAAAACGAGCAGCGGCACUCAGAGAGAAGCAGCCCCAAGAAAAGUAAAGAGAAAAGACGGGAUGGAAAAGAAAGAGAGGAGAAGGAAGGUAGAGGAAAGAAAGCAAAGAGUGGCAGCAAGUCCUCCAAGACGGAAGGCUCGACUGAAGAUGGUGAGGAAGAAGGCAGAGAGAAAGGCAAAACCUCGAAGCACAAAAAAGCAACUUCCAAAAGUGAGCAAGACGGCCAGGAAAGAACUGAAUCCAAUGUGAAUAAACAGCCAGAGAACUCCCAACCUGCCGAUAGCACCGACGUUGGCGCCCCAUCAGCCACUACUGCUGUCACUGGACUGGCACAAAACCUUCAGAAUGUUCAGUAUCAGGCAGCUGGAAUCACUCAACUUCCCUCCCAGCAUCCCUUCUCCCUCUUAGCCCCUGACAGGAGUCGAACUACUAACCUCUCCCUGCUGGGCUCAGCCGGCUCACAGCUGACCGGCAGCAGCCUCUCACUUCAAGGCGGGAACUUUCUGCUCAACAACAAAAUGGACUCAGGAUCUAAUGCACUGUUCCCCAGCGGUCCGGCUGCUUCUGUUGCUCCAGGUAUAGCACUCAGUGGGCCCGGUUCGGCUCCAGGUGUUGCCCCAGACAGUCGACCAGCUGCAGCAGGACUCAUGUCCUCUGGUUACCCUUUUCUAGCUAACACUGUACAUACUAACCCUUUGCAAGCAAGUGCCGUCCAUGCUACUGCUCCAGCAGCAAACCCAGCAUUUAAUCCCGUCCAGUCCGUCUCUCAGAGCCAGAUGCCUCCCGAUAGCUCUCCUCUUGGACCCAGACUAAAGCCUGAUCCAGUACCAGUUACACCACAUCAACUACCCACUGAAUCUCAACCACCCCCCACCAAAGAGAGCCUGCCUGUGCAGGGUCAGGAUGAAACCUCUGCAGUGACCCCUCUGAAUCUGGAACCAGUGACCACAGUGGAGAAUGUGUCCAACAAUAACAGUCAGACAGGCACCGGGCAGAUCCCUGCUGGGUCCACAGGCGGUACAUCAGCCGGGGUUGUGGCUUUAACUGAAGGAGCUGAAGGAGGGGCGUCUGGUGUAGCGUCCACUCUGUCCACACAGAGUGGAUCAUCCACAGGAGCUGCAGCCAACCUGCUGCAGCAGGAGUAUCUGUCCGAGGAAGGAGGCUCCUCCCCGAGGAGGAAACUGAGGCUGGUGAUUCCCGAGAAGACGUCCAGCCGACCUCCCACCGCUCUGGAGAGGAAAAUACGCUAGCAGCUCAGGUUAAAGUGUUCUUUCAGUAGAUUUGUAAAGAAUAAAGUGUAACAUCAGGUACAGAACAUACCACAGCUGAAUCUGAUGCCGUCGUUCUUGUACAUUGUUAAUGUGACGUUAUGAACUGAUGCAAAAUGUAAUGUUGUUGUUUUAUGUUGUUUUAUUUUUAUAAAGCUGCAGAAGAGUAAAAAUCUUC